CAUGUAGCGGGUAAGAAAGAACGGAGGAAUAAAGUGUGUUGAAAGACACCGCGCGCUAUAACUAAAUGCUUUCUGUCAAUCCGGUCACUGCAUGUACCUUUGAGACUCUAAUUGACAUUUUGAUUUUUCUUUGUUUUCAAACGGAGGUAUAUAUUUAUUAUUAUUGAAACGCAAAAAAGGAAAUAUUCGCGAAUGACCGGUUGCUGCCCGCUUUCACAGCCGCAUGUCCUGUCAUCACCUGCGGCUUGCUGUUAAUUGGACCAUUCGCUGGACUAGAUGCCGACUUUCAGUGCUUUGGAAAAGUAACUUGGGAUUUGUUGAGUCCUAUUUUAAUUAGAGCAGCGGCUUUGUUGCUGACUGUGAAGUUUUGCUCUGUUUAUGGAGACUUCAUUAAACAGACUUGGAUUGUUUUCAAGACUGACCUUCCUAAUUUACCUAUGAAACAUUUCGGUAUAAAAUGGAGUAUCACCUGGUCUCACCCUCUCUACUGGUUGUAUUAACGCUUUGGAGUUUGGCUUAUGGAUCUCGACCCAGGUUAGAGGAUGCUGCCCCACGAGUUGUUGAACAUCCAUCGGAUUUGAUUGUUUCGAAGGGAGAGCCAGCCACCCUCAACUGUAAAGCAGAGGGACGUCCGACACCCAUGGUGGAAUGGUACAAAGAUGGCGAGCGAGUUGAAACGGACCGCGAAGACCCUCGGUCUCACAGGAUGCUUUUACCCAGCGGUUCCCUAUUCUUCUUACGAAUUGUACAUGGUCGGCGGAGCAAACCUGAUGAAGGGGUCUACGUCUGUGUGGCACGAAACUACCUGGGUGAGGCAGUCAGUCGUAAUGCAUCGCUGGAAGUGGCAAUUUUAAGAGACGAUUUCCGUCAGACACCCAGUGAUGUGGUGGUCGCAGCAGGUGAGCCAGCUGUCAUGGAGUGUAUCCCCCCCAGAGGACAUCCUGAGCCGACCAUCUCAUGGAAGAGAAAUAAUGUUCAGGUCAACGACAGAGAUGAGAGGAUCACGAUCCGAGGAGGCAAAUUGAUGAUUUCCAACACACGAAAAAGUGAUGCUGGCAUGUACGUGUGUGUUGGCACCAACAUGGUUGGAGAAAAAGACAGUGAUCCUGCUGAACUGGUUGUAUUUGAGAGGCCAAUGUUCACUAAACAACCGGUAAACCAAGUGGUGUUGGCUGACGAAACGGUGGACUUCUUUUGCGAAGUGCAUGGGGAUCCAACACCAACAGUUCGUUGGCGAAGAGAAGAAGGGGAGUUGCCUCGGGGCAGGUAUGAGAUCCGCACUGACAACAGUCUGCACCUGAACCAGGUGCGAGCAGAAGACGAGGGCACAUACACAUGUGUAUCAGAGAACAGUGUGGGCAAAGCAGAGGCGGCAGCUACCCUGCAAGUACAUGUGCCACCUCAGAUUGUUGUGCGGCCACGGGACCAGAUCACAGCACCAGGACGCACUGUAACCUUUCUCUGCGGUACAAAAGGAAACCCUCCACCGGCUGUGUUUUGGCAAAAAGAAGGAAGCCAGAUCCUGCUGUUUCCUAUUCAGGAACAAACACAACAAGGCCGCUUUUUUGUGUCGCUUAAUGGAGAGCUAACCAUUAUCGACGUCCAUGUCGAGGACUCUGGCUACUACAUUUGCCAGGCCAUCAGCGUUGCGGGAAGCAUACUUACAAAAGCUCUGUUAGAGGUGGAAAGCGAACCCUCAGAUCACGUCCCCCCCAUCAUCCGACAAGGACCAGCAAAUCUUACAUAUGCACCAGGGUCAACCGCACAGUUACACUGCCACAUCAUGGGGAACCCUGUUCCCAGUAUCCAAUGGGAGAAAGACGGCCAGAGGAUUCUAUUGAAUGAUGCUCGAAUAAGCCUAAUGGAAAACGGCACUUUCCAAAUUGCCAAUCUUCAGGAAACCGACUCUGGUGUUUAUACCUGCCUGGCUGCCAGCUCCAGUGGUGAAACAAGUUGGAGUGGGGUGCUCACCGUCGAAGAGAAUGCAGACCCAUCAGUUGCGCAGACCGCCGAGCCUUUCCAGUUGCCAGGUCCGCCGCACAAACCCAUUGUCACUGACGUCUCCAAGAACAGUGUCUCUUUGACCUGGCAACCUAAUGCUCAUGAGGGCGGAGCUGCAGUGACCUCCUAUAUCGUGGAGGCCUUCAGCCAGUCAGCCGGCAGCACUUGGCAAACUGUAGCCGACAUGGUGAAGAUGGAAACACACACAAUCACUGGCCUUUUUCCCAACACCAUCUACUUGUUUAUUGUUCGAGCUGUCAAUGUGUAUGGCUUGAGCGACCCGAGCCCCAUUUCGGAGCCUGUCAGAACACAAGAUGUGAGUCCAACAGGGCAGGGAUUGGACCACAGGCAGUUGCAGAGAGAACUGGGCGAGGUGGUGGUCCAACUGCAAGAGCCCAUCAGACCAACUUCUUCCUCCAUUCGAGUCUCCUGGGCUGUUGAUCGUCAAUCUCCGUAUGUGCAGGGCUAUCGCCUCUUUUACCGCCCCAGUGCCGGAAUAUGGCUCCUUCAAGACAUCAACUCUCCCUCAGAGCGUAGUACUGUACUAACUGGCUUGCUCAAAGGAACUCAGUACGAGAUAAAGAUCCGGCCUUAUUUUGAUGAAUUCCAGGGGAAAGACAGUCGCACAAUACUUGUUCGAACUCCAGAAGAAGUGCCUAUUGCCCCACCAAGAGCUGUUACUGUGGCGACAGUGAAGCAAAGCAACAGUUCUAGCAUAAUUGUCUCCUGGGAACCUCCACCCAAUGACAUGCAAAACAGUAUCAUCCAGGAAUACAGGGUUUGGUGUAUGAGUAGUGGCAAAAACAACCACACAAUCAACUACAUCAACAAGACAGUGGAAGGGAACACUUUGUCCACAACGUUGAAAGGCCUAAUGCCUGGUGUCCUUUACCAGCUUGAGGUCGCAGCCGUUACUGCUGCUGGCGUCGGCACUCACAGUCAACCUUUGCCCAUUUUCAUCAAGAUGGCAGCUGAACAGCCCUCUGCGCCAGGCGUCGCUGACGCUGGCACCGACAGCGAGGAAAGCAACGUCAGUCUGGCCGGGCAAAUCACCGAUGUGGUCAAGCAGCCUGCUUUCAUCGCGGGCAUCGGUGGAGCCUGCUGGGUCAUCCUCAUGGGCUUUAGCGUCUGGAUCUAUUGCCGACGCAAAAAGAGAAAGGAGUUGAGCCAUUACACUGCUUCUUUUGCUUACACAGCUGCAGUUGGAUUUCCCCCUGGCGAGGGAUCUGGACACAAUGGAAGGCCAGGCGUGCUGGGAGGCAACAUGGGCAACUACCCGUGGUUAGCAGACUCUUGGCCCACCACCAACCUGGUUCACAGUAGUAAAGAGGCUGUCAACUGCUGCACCACCAGUGAUGACACAGCUGAGCGAUACUACAAUGAAGCCGGCAUCUCCAACUACCUGAAUCAGACCGAGAAAUACAGCAUUGGCGGCUCCACUGAGGGGCCCAUUUACAGCACUAUUGAUGCCACUAGCGAGGACCUUCACAACUUCAACUACAGCCAUCAUGCCUCAACCACUCCUUAUGCCUCCACAUCCAUUAUGCCCUUCUCAAACCAAAUGCAGAGCCCAGCCCAUGGUAGUGAGCAACAGGAUGAGGGGCACUGGAUCACCAAGCCGGGAACCUCUGGAGCUCAGUAUGCUCAACCGGAGCGCUGCACUGGAAAGCCAAAACAAAAGACCAUGGGAAAGGCUGUUAAGACACCAUCUCUAUCAUGGGUGGAGACAUUGCCCCCACCACCCCCGGUUGGAGAUCUGGAACAGUGUGAACAGGAUGAUGACCUCCCAGACAAUGAGGAUAUGGUUAUAGGCUUAGAUGAAGAAUGGUGUCCUCCCCUCCCAGAAAGAACAUACCUGAUGGAGGGCUGUGAAGACAGCAACCAUGCCUCCUCUCCUGCAACAUCCUAUAGUCAUCAGUCCACCGCUACACUUACCCCAUCUCCCAAUGAAGAAGUACAAGCAGCCCAUAAUCUACACCGCCAACGAGAGGGCAAUCAGCUUUCGGGCAGAAGGUUACCAGUUUCGGUUGCACAGGCAACAAGUACAACACCCACCCAGUGCAGCCCCGCCUCUAGCCAACAGCAUCUUGGCUCAUUGGAGUUCGAUCACCUUCAGUGUCAACGCUCUGUCCAUGAUCAGGGGCAGAAUGAGGGAAUCAUCAAUGCAACUUCAUUAGGGCACAGCCGUCCAUCCCCAGCAGAUACAUGCUCACCAACAAACCAAAAAGUUCGUGUAAAAAAGAAGUCUUCCAAGAGUGUUGUAUACAGGAGAGAAAUACAAGGAGACCUGCCUCCACCUCCAGAACCGCCACCAGAGGAGGACAACUAUCGGUCCCAGAGAUGCACGGAAGCCAGUAAAGUUGCUAAUGGCUCUUUAUCCUCUCUGGAGAGGAGCGAAUACAGCAGUGGCAGCCACCAACGCAAAGGCUCAAGGCAAAGACAUGCUGAAACUGCACAUGGUGAGGAGGUGAUGCUGUAUGGUGGUAAACCCGGCUACGUUUCCAGGAACCAGAUGUCCAGUAAUUGCUCGACCACGGGAAGUUCCUCAUCCCGGGGUUCAACAGGCUCCCGGGGGAACAGUGCGACCAAGAAAGGCAGCGAGGAAACUAGAUAAGGCCAUCUGCGAAGAGACGUUAACCCCUGAUGCCUCCAUUGCUCACCAUCUUUCAACUAUCGACAGAGUGAGCCAAUGGGACUCAUGUCAUUGUUGUGAAAGAACAAUAACAGACUUAUCGUUUUUUUGUGUUUUGUUUUACCGUGAUUAUGAGCUAUUCAGUUCAUUUGAUUUGUAAAUACCUGUGUCUAUAAUGUUGUGUUCUUGGUUUUAGAUACAGGGAAAGAGACCUAUAUUGUAUUUAUGUGUACUGAAAAUAAAAAUCUGGUUUAAAAAUGGGUCCAUUACAAAUAAAAAGCCCAUUUUCUCUGAAUGUGCCAACGUUUUUGCUCAAAAUGUAAAGUAUUUUUUUUUUUCUUUUUAAGCGUUAACUACUGUUGCACUCUUGUUAUGAUGACCAAACAAUAAAAAAUAUCAAGCACAAGGAAAUGCCAAAAUGUGCAGGUUUUUUCUCCUGCAAGAAUGCUCAAGGGUCCAUUUCACAAAGCAGAUUUAGUGAAAACUCAGUCUAUUUGUUGGCAGGUUUCAAUUGCACAGCGUAUAACGGCACAGCACACGAUGUUGCUCUUUGUCAUGUGUUCAUUAAAAGGCACACACGCUUUUAUUUAGCACAUCAACACACCUGAAAUGCAUUCACUAAUAUGAUCAGGUGACACAAGCUAGUUGAUUGUUAUAGCAAUAAAUCAACAGAAUGUGAACACCCUACUCAACACUAUUAACUUUGCAAGAAGGGAUUUUUUUUUUUUUUGGUUACACAAAGGAAGGUUAAUCAAACUCAGUGGUGGAAUGUAACAAAGUAAAACUCCUUCAUUACUGUACUUAAGUACAGGUAGUUCUUGGGUUAUGAACGAGUUCUGUUCCUAUGUCAGCGACGUAACCCGAAUUUCCGCGUAAAUUGGAAUUGAAAUACCCCGAAAUCCCUAACUAUCCAAAAAUUCCAAAAGUAUUGUGCUGUAUUUUGUUUAAUGCUGGAGGAUACACUGCCCUCUGGUGGCAACGUUGGGUCUGGCUGGACUGUUGCCUUAUGACUGAGGAGCAGACUCUCUUCUGGCAUGGAUAAAGGACAGCUGCACUCUGGUUUGGUCCACAUAAGGCUGUAAGUUGUUUCAGCUAAUAUAUGUUUGUGUAUGCAUUUGUAAUUAGAUUUAGACCUACAUUUUACUGCGGUGUGUGUGAGCGAUUUUUUAUGAGAAUUGUAAAGACGUUAGCAUUCAUAGCAUUAUAACUAGCGGACUUUUGUUAAGCAAGUUAGGUUAAUCUAUUAAAUUUACAUAUUGAUCAGACUAGAUGGAUUUUUUUUAUUGUUAAAAUGCAAGUCAUUUUGAACAUAAAUGUACAUAUGUGUGUCACGGCUUUACAAAUUGUGAAAAGUGAAGUCAAAAUCUUCAAAAACCACACUUGCCUUGUUUGCUGUCUGUCACCUUGUUUGCUGUCUGUCAAGCUGAAUAACUUCACAUUGAGAAAGGACAGAAUGCGUCAUACUAUUUUUUUUUUUUUAAAUGUGAUUUUGUGAGGUACAAUAAUGUACUGUUUAUGCGACUAAAAAAAAAAAAAAAAACACUAGAGACAAAAUGGCGGACGAGACUCCAGCGUCGUCAAGUCAAAAUCAAGUACGUUGUAACCUGGGGACUUCCUGUACAUUUUUGUGUAUGUUUACUUUACUUGAGUACAAAUAUAAGGUGGUACUUUUUACUCCACUACUUUUUCAAAUUGUCACCUGUGUUACACAUUACUUUUGUUUGUUGUUGUUGUUUUUUUUUUAUCCUAUUGUGAAUUGAUAGUUCUUGUCCUAAGGCUCCAGUGCAAUCGAUGAGCCCCGUGCAUAUGAACCGUACCUGAGCACUAGAGGCACCAACACAAGUACAAGCAAGAUUAGGCAGGUGAACAAAAUAUUAAUAAAAAAAUUUGGUGAGAGGAGCACGCCUUCAGACAAGCACUCUUGUACAGUAGGUGGCGUUAUGCACCUGACAAUUGCUUGCAAUCUGCCAUUAAGCUAAAUAUUUUAGUUUUUUGAGCUUGUUAAGCUACUGUUUACAGUGCAGUCAAUUUUAUUGCUUGUUUUUUCCAUCCUGCACAGUUUUAAAUCGAGCAGUCAAUGAAUUUUCUGGUUCUUUGAAUAUUGGCUCAGAUCUCUGUGUGAUUUAUCACAUUUUUGUAUCGGGAGAAAAUACUUUUACUUUUUACAGCAAGUACUUUUGUACUUGAGAACAUUUUUUUCUGAGAUACUUUUCUUUUGUCCCUGUAUCUGUACUUUUACUUAAGUUAAAAAAAAAAAAUGCGAGUACUUCAUCCACCACUGAUCAAACCUGAGAAAGAAGCCUAUUUAAAUAACAGGUGUAAACAGAACUGUGUCUUUUAAUCUGGCAACAAAGUUUCUGUUUCUCACUUGGUCAGAAGCAGGAUUUACUCUAUUAAUAAACGUUAUCCAUUGUCUCCAAGUUCCAACAACUUUAAAGCCACUUGCUAAUUCAUUUCCUCAUUAGGUCAGCAGUUAAGGAAGUCCUGUUAAGGCAUCUGCCAUUUCAAAUAUAUUUUUUCUAUACAUAAAUCAGAGUCAGCACUGAAAAAGACUGAACUUUUUUGACGGCGGUUGCUCAAAAUAUUUUAUCUUAAACCAGAUAUUUUCAUUAUGUUGAGUGUCAGUCAAAAAAAAUAAAUCUGGCUUCAGACACUCUAAAUAUUAAUAAUGUUUAUACAGUGGGUUAAAUAAGUAUUUAAUCAACCACUAAUUG